CAAGUUAUAUAGAAUAAGGAAACCAGGGCAAGUUAGAUAGCUAAAUCAUGUUCGUAGAACGAGGUGAGAUUUGGAGAUGCCUGCUUCCCCCUUGCAUUCCUUCCUGUCAUACACCUUCAGCGGUAGUCUCUCAAAGUGGCAAAAAACUUAGAUGAGCGCCUGAAACUUGAUGUUUCACUAGAUUUAAAUCUUUGACAAUCAUUUCAUUCUGCUUUGUAAGAAACUUGAGAGCUUUCGAAAAACAGUAGAAGAAAAAAAAAAAGUAAGCAAUGUCCAAUUCAAGCCAAAGGUCUGGUAAGGCUCCUGAGAGUGCAAGUUUUGUCAAUCUUCUUAGCCAGUACUUGAAAGAAAAAAGAAAUCUUGGAAAUAUCAGCAUUGGAAUGACUUCAAAACCUGAAGCUAAAGGGCUUGAAACAUCUAGGCAACAAGCAAUGACAAUGAACUUUUUGCCCAAUUUGGAUAAUUCUUCUGAGAGUUCGAGACCAAAUGUUGUGGCGUCUACAUCAAAUGUGAAAUCUUCUGAUUUUUUUCCAGAUAUUCACAGUUUUGGUGCCUUCUUUUUCAAGGAAGAUACUGCUAAGACAGAUUUCAGGAAACAAGCACUAGUGGAGCCAAAGAAUGCUCAGCUCACCAUAUUUUUUGGCGGUCAAGUGCUAGUAUAUAAUGACUUUCCAGCGGACAAGGUCAAGGAGAUCAUGGACUUGGCCAGCCAAGGAUGCUCAGCUGCAUGUGGCGGUAUUGUUGCUGACUCUGGCAUGGAAAAAGUUAUUUCUUACAUAGACGGAGGUCACUCUAGCAAUUCUGAUAUUCCUGACCUGAACAUCACCUCCACGACUGCAAACAGUUCUGUUCAAGAUUCUUCUGUUGAGCGGCGUCAAUUUGGUGGUUCAGAUUUGCGAAUUGCAAGAAGAAAUUCACUUCACAAGUUCUUUGAGAAGAGAAAAGACAGAGCAGCCGCAAGAGCACCGUACCAAGUUAACAACCGACUAGGAUCUUCUCCUCCACCUAAACCUGAUGAAAGCAAGUUCUCUCAUGAGGAAGGUCAAUCACCUAAAGAAGCAUCAAGAGAUCUUGAUCUCAAUUUAUAAUUAUAUUGAUCACUUCAUUGUGUUGCAACUUAGGAUACCUUAGUGACACAGGCAUAAGGACCUUAAUUCUUAACUAUUGUUGUUAGGCAUUUUAUACUUCUAUCAGUAUAAUUUUUGUAACUAAACUGUUACAAUUAAAUUGAGAUCAGAUUGGUUUUUUUAA